GCUCACAAUCCUCAUCGUUCUGUCUUCCUUUCUAGGGUUAUUUGUGGGCUCGUCUGAGAAGCAAAGGACGGAGAAAAUGGCAGCUUCGGAGGGUUCUAAUGGGGAUAUUGAAGGGUCGAAGCUACUCUUAGCUGAAUCCGGCGAGCGCGAGCGCUCAUGGCGGCUCAACUUCGACGGUUUCCGCCGUGCGGAGCUUCUGGAGGAGAAGCCCCCUCGUUCUCUUCAUCACUGCCUUGGCACCUUAGUCAAAGAAGAUGUCGUGGCUGAGUACUAUCAGCAGCAGGUUGAGAUGUUGGAUGGGUUUGGUGAAAUGGAUACUUUAACUGAUCGCGGUUUCUUACCCCAAAUGUCGAAGGAAGAACGUGAAAGUCUUGCUAGGAGUGAAACCCUAGCGAUCCGGAUAUCGAACGUAGCAAACAUGGUUCUUUUUGUUGCUAAAGUUUAUGCAUCAGUUAGAAGUGGUUCCUUGGCAAUCAUAGCAUCCACUCUGGAUUCUCUUCUUGAUCUGUUAUCUGGCUUCAUCCUAUGGUUUACUGCAUUUUCUAUGCAGACGCCAAAUCCUUACCAGUAUCCGAUCGGGAAAAGGCGCAUGCAGCCAUUAGGAAUCCUUGUGUUUGCAUCUGUGAUGGCAACUCUAGGUCUCCAAAUAAUUCUGGAAUCUGUACGCUCACUUGUAUCUGAUGAAAGUGAAUUUAGCUUGACCAAAGAGCAAGAGAUAUGGGUUGUGGACAUCAUGCUAUCCGUGACCGUUGUAAAGCUUUGUCUUGUUUUCUAUUGUCGAUCAUUCACAAAUGAGAUCGUGAAGGCUUAUGCGCAGGACCACUUUUUUGACGUUAUUACUAACAUGAUUGGCCUCGUCGCUGCUCUUCUUGCCAAUUACAUAACGGAUUGGAUCGACCCUGUUGGAGCAAUCUUAUUGGCCAUCUACACCAUCAGAACCUGGUUGAUGACAGUUCUGGAAAACGUGAACUCCCUCGUAGGGAAAACAGCGGCGCCAGAGUUUCUCCAAAAGCUCACGUACCUAUGCUGGAACCACCACAAGGCUAUAAGGCACAUCGAUACGGUACGGGCGUACACCUUUGGUUCUCGCUACUUUGUCGAGGUGGACAUCGUCUUGCCAUCCGAUAUGCCUCUCAGGGAAGCACAUGAUAUUGGAGAAGCGUUGCAAGAGAAGCUCGAGCUUCUGCCUGACGUAGAAAGAGCUUUCGUUCAUCUCGACUAUGAAUACACUCACCGACCGGAACAUUCCCAAGUGCAGGACUCAUAGGUUCGAAUGCUGCACGGAUGUCAUCGGAAAGAGGGCCAUGGUAAUUUCUUUGCCCUCUUAUUUCUAUUCUGCAUUCCAGUAAUAUAUUUUCGUAGUUUGAGAUGUUUUCUUUAGUAGAUGCCAAGUCACUGCAUGUACUAGGACCUGUCAUUGAAAUGGUUUAUGCCAAACAAUGGGGUUAGUAAUGGCAGGCAACGCCCGUAAGGAUGAUGUAUCUCCUUCAGAAAUCAACAAGAUUAAGAUGGAAAUUUGUAAAUGCUGAUAUAAGAGGCAGCUAAACUUUUGCUCCAUUUGUCUCCCUUCUUUGAUUUGUGCUUUAUGAGUAUUUUGAACAAGCAUUCACUCUUUAGCUUGUUUUAUUAA